AUGAGUGACCAGAUAUGGACAUAUUUUUUUACUCAUCGUAUUCUUGUUGCUAUUUCAAAUGGUAUGUUUCCAAAGUAUUGGUCAUCUUCUUUUACUAUGAAUACAUCAAUCGUUCUCAAUCAAUCGACCACACUUAUUGAUUUACUUGUUGUUUCUCCUAUUUUAUCAGUAUCAUCGCCAUCAUUAUUUAUUCAACAGCAAUCUCCAUCUGAAGAUAUUCUUUUAGAAUCAUUCUCAGUCGGUAAACCUCUAAUCUAUCUACAAUAG